GCCCGCUCCAUGCCGCCGCUCCGGUACCGCAAAGUGCUCAUCCUCGGGUACCGCGCCGUGGGCAAAACCUCCCUGGCCCACCAGUUCCUGGAGGGGAAGUUCGUGGAGUGCUACGAGCCCACGGUGGAGAGCACCUACAACAAGAUGGUGGUGGUGGGCAAGGACGAGUUCCAGCUCCAGCUGGUGGACACGGCCGGGCAGGACGAGUACAGCAUCCUGCCCCACUCCUUCAUCAUCGGCAUCCACGGCUACGUCCUGGUGUACUCGGUGACCUCCCUGCGGAGCUUCCAGGUGGUGCAGACCCUUCACAGUAAGCUGCACGAGAGCCGGGGGAAGACGCGCAUGCCCGUGGUGCUGGUGGGGAACAAGGCAGAUCUGUCCCUGCAGAGCCGGGAGGUGAGGACAGAUGAAGGGAAGAAGCUGGCAGAGUCCUGGGGGGCCAUCUUCCUCGAGUCCUCAGCCAUGGAGAACCAGGUGACCCAAGGGAUCUUCACCAAGAUCAUCGAGGAGAUCGACCGGGUGGACAACUCCUACAGCAGAUCCACUGGCUGCUGCCUGAUGUGACCCCCCCACACACCCCCCCAGGAUGGGGCAGACCCCCAGGAUGGGGCAGACCCCCCCUGGGCCCUUCCCCUGAGCCACCUUGGUGGCUGUUUUGUGGGGAGGGUCCCAGGGCCACUCGGUUGUACCGGGACCCCUCACUUUGC